AUGUGUAUGAUGGAAAGCAGUGGCAAGCCCUCCUUGCGCAAGGCCAGGCCCGCCUCCCCAGAGGGGGAAUUUCAGGGUGAGAUCAGAGCAGGGCCUGCCCCCCGCCUCCAGGCAACGCUAUAUAAGUCCCCCCCGCGGCAAGCAGCUGCCUGCAGCCCCAGUGGCAUCGACUGGCUCUCUCCUUCUGCCUCGCCCCAGCCCUCCUCCUCCUCGCCUGGAGCCAGGAUGCUGGACGUCGACUACCCGCAGCAAUUUGAGGGCUCCCAAUAUGGAUACAUGUUUUCCAAUGGUUGCAUCUACGACAUGGACUCAUGUAAACAAGAACCCACCUUUCCCCCCUGCAUUACAGAUUCUGAGAACUCCCCAGAGUCUUGCCUAAACUGGCUUGGGAUACAAGAGCCUGGAUAUGAUCCUUUUGAAACAGGACACUUUGCCCAGCUGCAGAAUGUCCCCAUCUCCUAUCCCCAGCUGUCUCUGGAUGCUGUCUAUAGCCAAGAUGAAAUUAUACCUACACAAAAUAUGUGCCUUGGGUAUAAAGAGGAGUACAACAAUCAGACCUAUAUAUACGACCAAUACCCUAUUCCCAGGGAUGUCUCCAGCUCAUCAUCUGAAGAAGAAGAAUUCCAUGGGGAUAGUAGAAAUCUUGAGGUUUCUUCUGACAGUGAUUUGGAUGAAAACCUAUCACCUGGGUUUGAGUCAGGCUCCCGUCGGAAGUUACGCCUCUACCAGUUCUUGUUUGAGCUCUUGGAACGUGGAGACAUGAAGGAAUGUGUGUGGUGGGUGCAGCGCGAGGCGGGCAUCUUCCAGUUCUCUUCUAAGCACAAGGAGGUCCUUGCACACCGCUGGGGUCAGCAGAAGGGCAACCGCAAGAAAAUGACCUACCAGAAAAUGGCCCGGGCCCUGCGGAAUUAUAGCAAGACGGGUGAGAUCCGGAAAGUGAAGAAGAAGCUCACGUACCAAUUUGGGACCUCACUGUUGAGCCAGUCAACCUCCUCCUAAGUUCCCUCCUCCAGGAAUAUGGGGCUGGGACAACGUCACUAAUGUACUGGCCUCUGCUCUCAAUUUCCCCCAGAAACCUCAUCUAGUCUCUGCCAACCAAGCUAUGUGCAAAUAAUUGCUCUCUGGUGAAAGCCCAUUGAAGAACUCAAGAAAGAAGGUUUAAACGCCCCAGCUUGAAGAUGCCUGGAUCCUUAGUUGGAGGCGGAGCAGAAAGUGGAGGAACCAUGGCAAACAAGAGUGGACAUAAUGUGAUCAGAGCUAGUAAAAGUUACUUUUUUGGACAACAGUUUUCAAAUCCCCUUUCAGCAGUUGAUUUAAAAACUACUUUUUUAGACCACAGUUCCCCAAAUGCCCAGCCAGCAUGCCAUAAUCUUAGGAAUUCUGGGAGCUGUGGUCCCCAAAAAGAAUAACUUUUCCAAGCAUGGGCAGGAGUGGGCAGAAAGCCUAUGGGGGUGGGGAGGGAACAGGAGAGGACCAAUUUUUCCUGUGCUGAUUGGGGCCAUCAUAUUCCUGGGGUCUAGUACAGAAGGUUCCCUUGGUAGGAGGUGGUGGGAAAGGUUAAUUUCAAUAGCAAGGCAUUCAGCACAGAGUGUUAGCACAAAGUGAAAAGAUUUGUGUGGCUAGCUGCUGAUGGGAUGAGGGCUGCACUGUGGGACAACAAGAGAGUAGGUUGUGAUGUAUUCAGGUCUUCUACUCCCAAGUUUCAAGUCAAGUUUCAAGUUGAGUCUCAAAUCUGGCAGUCAACUUUAACAGAAAAAAAUGUAGGCAGGGCAUGUUCCACGGAAGAGAACAGCACACGUGUUAGGCAAUGGGCCUGAGGCAGGGGAUUAGGUCUGCUGGACAGUCUAUCACCGGUACACACCAGAAAAGCCUUCUAAAGCUUUUGAAAAGCUUUAGAAGGAUCCUUCCACCUGAAGCAUGUUGCCUAAUGCAUUUGCUGUUCCCAUUCAAGAAACAUGUCCCAAACUUACCUGCUGCUCAAAGUUGACAAUGCCAGCAAGUCACUAAAAAUAUACAAGUUGCAAGUCAAGUUGAAGUAGUGCAUCAUUUAUUGCAGAGUCAAGUUGAGUCAUUGAAGUGACUUGAGAGCAGGCGUGCUGACCAUAGCAGUUGGCUUGGCAGCUUUUGAAUAUGGGUUGCAGCAAAAAUAACUCUAUCAUCGCCACCUCCAGACUAGCAAAUCUAAGGCCUGGCCCACUAAUUUGUAAAGAAGGAAACUUUUUGACUAGAAAUGAAGGGUGUUGGUUUUCAUGCAGGGAAAUAAAGUUGUCUCAGCUUGAUGAGGCAGUGUGACCACAAACACCUGCCCAGGUGUUGAAACUGUACAUAAGAGAUGUUUAUUUAAUACUAUGGGUUUUAAAAAAAAUCUCGAGAGGGAUAAGGGUUUGGUACAAAAUCUGAUAUUUUUAAAUUGAUCUAUUUUGUAUAAAUUGUAAUAUAUGCAAAUAAAAGAAUUUGUGCUAUUUUAAAUUUG